AUGGCAGAGUUUGUAUCAAACCCAUCACACCUGACACAUCUGGAUCUAUCCCAUAAUAAUCUAAGAGAUUCAGGAGUGAAGCUGAUCUCUGAUGUACUGGAGAAUCCUGACUGUAAACUGAAGAAACUGAAGUUGUGUAAUUGUGAUAUCACAUACAAAGGUUGUGUUGCUCUGACUUCAGCUCUGAGAUCAAACCCAUCACACCUGACACAUCUGCAUCUGUCUAAUAAUUAUAAACUAAGAGAUUCAGGAGUGAAGCUGAUCUGUGAUGUACUGAAGAAUCAUGACUGUAAACUGGAGUUACUGGAGUUGUGUUGGUGUAAUAUCACAGAUGAAGGCUGUGUUGCUCUGACUUCAGCUUUAAGAUCAAACCUGACACAUCUGAAUCUGUCUAAUAAUUAUAAUCUAAGAGAUUCAGGAGUGAAGCUGAUCUCUGAUGUACUGAAGAGUCGUGGCUGUAAACUGGAGAUACUGGAGUAAGAUUGUCUCAGUGUUUCUGUCCAUUAGUGUCAGUACAGUAUUUAUUUAAGACCUUUUAUUUAGCAUCUAAUAAUCAGGAUAACA